AUGCUCAAAAUUGCGCAAGUAGUAAGAAAAUUUAGGUGUUUCUGCCUCUCAAGUCCGUCCAUAAACCAGGUGAACCAUACCCCCGAUAAACGCGGCCCCUGCCCCAACGUCAACACCUACGCCGUAACUAACCCUGAUUACUUUUCAAAGACGGUAACAGACACCUCUCACGCCGAGGACUGGGAUUAG